AUGUGUAAACCAAAACCGCUGAAUCACUCCGUCCAUUUGUUAGGGAUAUCAGCAAUUGACUCUAUCUAUCUAUCUAUCUAUCUAUCUAUCUAUCUAUCUAUCUAUCUAUCUCAGACUGUUCGUAUCUAUCUGUCUAUCUAUAUCAGACUUCUAAUAUCUAUCUAUCUAUCUAUCUAUCUCUAUCUAUCUAUCUAUCUAUCUAUCUCAGACUGCUCAUAUCUAUCUAUCUCAGUGAAGAUUGUUCUUAUCUAUCUAUAUCAGUUACUAUCUAUCUAUCUCCGCUCGGCCCGUUACUAUCUAUCUAUCUGUCUCUAUCUCUCUCUUUCUCUCUAUCUCUCUCUCUCUCUAUCUAUCUAUCUAUCUAUGGCAUUUUGUUCAUUAUCUAUCUAUCUCAGUUUGGAUCUAUCUAUCUAUCUAUCUAUCUAUCUAUCUAUCUAUCGUAUUUUGUUCAUUAUCUAUUUCCAUCUGUUCAUAUCUAUCUAUCUAAAUUAUUCGCAGAGAAUUUAUACCUACCUACCUACCUAUCUAUCUAUCUAUCUAUCUAUCUAUCUAUCUACGUAUUUCAGUCUGUCCAUAUCUGUCUAUCUACGUAUAUCAGUCUGUUCAUAUCUAUCUAUAUAUCUAUCAACAUGUUUCAGUCUGUUCAUAUCUAUCUAUCUAUCUAUCUAUCUAUCUAUCUAUCUAUCUCAGACUGCUCAUAUCUAUCUAUCUCAGUGA